AAAUAAUAGAUAUACAAAUCAAAGAUGGUCCUUGGAACAAUUAUUCAAGCAGCAGCAGUAGGAGACGAAGUUGAAGCUGGUCAGGCAGCUUUCUUCGGAUUCAUGGGAAUCGCCUCUGCAUUGGUCUUCGCAAAUUUGGGAGCUUCAUACGGUACUGCUAAAUCAGGAGUUGGUAUCGCAUCAAUGGGUGUCUUGAAGCCAGAACUCAUCUUCAAAUCCAUCGUCCCAGUUAUCAUGGCUGGUAUCCUUGGUAUCUAUGGACUCAUCAUUUCUCUGCUGAUCUACCAGAAGAUCAACCGCGACUCUUACACAUUCUUCGAAGGCUACAAGCACUUGGCUUCAGGCCUGUGCUGCGGACUCUCAUCAUUGGGAGCUGGACUUGCUAUUGGAAUUGUCGGAGACGCAGGAGUGAGAGCCAACGCUCAGCAAGAAGCCGUAUUCGUUGGAAUGAUAUUGAUAUUGAUCUUCGCUGAGGCUUUGGGACUGUAUGGAAUGAUCAUUGCCAUCGUCAUAUCACAGUAAUUGCAUUAUAUGAACACUUGGACGUAUUCUAGAGUUUUUUAUAAGAUGGU